CCUGCCUUCUGACAGAGCACCAUUCAACCCAGGCUCGGGACUCAGACUGGCCAACGCUCUCCACGACUUCCCCUGCUCUAUGCCUCCCUUUAGGGCCCGCUUGCCUUCGCCCGGAAAGCAGACUCGCUCGUCUGGUAAUGCGUUUUUCUAGCCCGUUGCGAUCUCUAUGGUCACAGCCUUUCCUCUUCGCCGGGACACGGCCACGUGACUCAUGGGCCAAAAUGGCGGCCUCCUUGCGACCUGGGGAGCGCUUGCGGCGGGCCUCGGUAGACCCUGAACUGAGGCGGUUGGAUCCAGAGCUGCUGAAGGAACUCGAAUCGGCCUCGGUCGAUUCCGGCCUGUCCUUUGCGCUGGUCCGGAGGCUUCACCAAGCCCUGCGAGAUGCCGGUUCCCAAGUAUAUCUUCAUGAACUUCUAGAAGGCAGUGAGGUCUUUCUUCCUGAAGUGAGAAAACCUCCCAGGAACCCAGAGUUAGUGGCCCGGCUGGAGACUCUCAAGGCUAAGCUAGCCAACGAAGAGUACAAGCGGAUGACAAGAAAUGUCAACAGCCAGGAGCUAAAUCGAUAUGGCACUCUGGCUGACCUUGGAAGACAAGUUAGGUCCACCAAAGUCGUGGUCAUCACCAUAUUCAACUUCCUUGUCACUGUGGGAGCAACAUUUGCCUGCACCUAUCUGGGCAGCCAGUACAUCUUUGCAGAAAUGGCUGCGCGGGUCUUGUCAGCUGUGAUCGUGGCUUCUGUGGUGGGCUUGGCAGAGCUGUAUGUGAUGGUGAGGACUAUGGAAGGGGAACUGGGAGAGCUCUGACCUGAGUGGACUCGCAAAGCCUUUCUGGCCCUGGAUCUUCAGUGUAUCAGAUGCCGCCAAAGCUACCAGAGAUCACCGGCAUAUCCCAGAAGGGGCCACCUUUCUAUGUCUUCCAGCAACUGCUGGCUCAGGACAAAUUCUAGUCUUCUGCUCUCUGAUACAGAAAGCUGCCAGGAGGCAAUCCUGUGUCCCCUCCUUUCUUCUUUCCUUGGACAAAGGCUGCAAAUGCUAUCAUCAGCAUCUGUCUGGGGUGUGAGUGGGGCCCCCCUUCACCUACUGAUAAGGAAAGCAUUAUCCUGCAGCACUGGAAGAUCUACAGCUGUCCAACCUCUUGAUACUUCUCAGCAGGCCACGAUCUCUCAGCGGGGAGGGGCAGGGGGUGUUGUCUUUUCACUGUUGUGAUAGACCUGUGAAAUGCAGUGCCUCAUCUGGCUUCUGUAAACUGUUGCCUGUCUUUGUUUAGGAGCGGAUUUCUAUUGUGUGCAAUAAACUCAUUAAGGAAA